AUGAACAGUGACCAAUCAUCAGCAAAAAGAAGAAUUCAAAAUAUUCAAUCUCAUAUUGUAGCAGGUGCAAAAAAAGAAAGUAAUAAAAGCAGUAGUAAUGAUUUAUACGAUUGCAUUGUAGUGGGUGGUGGAAUUAUUGGAUCAUCUGCAUGUUAUCAAAUAGCAAAAGAUGGAUUAAAGGUAUUAAUGUUGGAACAAUUUAAACAAUCUCACGACUAUGGUUCAUCACAUGGUGAUGGAAGAAUUAUUCGUUUUUCAUAUCCAGAAACUGUAUAUAUUGAAUUAGCAAAAUUAGCUUAUCCAUUUUGGAACGAUAUUGAAAAGGAAUCAAACACUAAAUUACUCCACACUACUGGUGGUUUGGAUUUUGGAACUAAGGAUCACCAAGCAUUAUUGGAUCUCAUCGAUUCUUACAAGAGACACAACAUACCAUACGAAAUAUUAAACAAAAAAGAUGCAGAGGUAAGAUUCCCACAAUUUGAAUUCAAAGAAGACGAUUUAAUUAUUUUUCAAAAAGAUAGCGGUGUUUUAUAUGCUACCAAAGCAGUCAAUUCAAUGUACGCCUUGGCAAAGAGAUUUGGGGCUACAGUCAAAGAUAGUAAAAAGGUAUUGAGAAUAAAGGUAGAAUCUAGAGAUCUCAUUACUGUACUUUGUGAAGAUCAAUCCGUAUACAAGACUAAAAAGAUAGUUUUAGCAUGUGGUGGCUGGACUAAUGAAUUACUAUAUCGUUCGCAAUUGGAUUUAACAUUACCAGUCGAAAUUACACAAGAAAAGGUAUUCUAUUGGGUUCCAAAAGAAAAUGAAAAAGCAUCAUCAAUCGAUUUUACUCAAUACAAGAAUCCAGUUUCAAUCUAUUACGAUAAAGAAGAAAUAUUUUAUUCACUACCACAAAUCGAUAUCAGAGGAGUAAAGAUAGGUUACCAUCACUCUGGUUCAGUUCUCCACAAAAUGGCAGAUAAUCACGACAAUAAGCCAGUGUAUAACGAAAAUAGCUUAAAUAAAUUAAAAAAGUUUGUCAAAAACUAUAUGCCAAAUUUAAACAACGAAAAAGAGUUUCACAGUGUUACAUGUCAUUACACAAAUACACCAGAUUGGCAUUUUAUCAUUGACAAGCACCCACGUUUCUCAAAUAUUGUAAUAGCAUCAACUUGCAGUGGCCAUGGUUUCAAAUUUGCACCUGCCAUUGGUAAAUUACUUUGUUUUUUAGUUAGGGAUAAGGAAAUUCCAUUCCCAACUGACGAGUUCCUUUUAAAUAGAUUUAAAAAUAAAGGUUUUGUUAAAAGAAUAUCAGCCUAAAAAUAAAAUUAAAAAGCAAUAAAAAAGAAAAAAAAUAAAUAAAUAAAAAAGAUUUGUUUUGUUGUUUAAAUAUCAU